GUACAAGGACGGGUUUUAAGCAAGAGGCAGCUGGCUCUAGUUUGCUUGUGAGACUGAGACCGAGCUCAGAGCGGCAGCACAGCCAAGCCAUGGCGCCCCUUUCCGGGGCUCUGCUCGCUGCUCGCUUGUUUUAUAACUCAUACUUUUUUUCGUCAGUCAGUAGUAUUUUUUUAUAAUAAAUUAGUAAACAGUACUUUUAACCAUGAUUUUUUUGUUUUUCAUAGUGCCAAGGCUGCCAUCAAUUGCCGUCUUCUCAUCAUCUCGCCAUGCGCAUGACCUGUUGGACGGAAUGCAGUGUAGAGGAGAUGGAGGUGGAGGGGGAUUUUGGCAACCCGGUGGCCCCCGCAUGGCAGCAAAUUCAUGGUGCUGCUUGGGCGCCUUAUCCUCUCACACCACAGCACACCACACCAGCAGCCUGCCCAGCGCCCACCACAAUGCCAAUGCCUCCAGCUCAGCUGGUUAAAAAUCAGUCACCUGCCACCUGGCGAUCAAUGAAAUGAUCUAGCUCGUCAAACAAACCCUCUCCUGGAUAGGAGUAGCAGAGGCAUCAAGGACACUGAACCAACCAAACUGCGUUUGUGAGGGAGAGGCCUGGCUGCUGCUGCUGCUGCUGCUGCUUGUCACCAAUAUCCAUCUCUGCCUCUCCUUGUUCAAAACCUUUGUUAUCUUGACCAAGAUCCCUCCCUCCAUGAAUUCCAGCAGAAGCCUCCUCUCCUCGCCCCUCUUUGCUAGCUCGUCUCCAAACUUCAGGAGCAGUACCUCCGUCUCCGUCUCCUCCUCCCCGUCCCCAUCCCGCACCACAGGUAUAUCAGUUCCGAUGAUACAUGACAACACCGGCAGAGCAUCCACGGCGUGCCACUACUCGCCAUCACUUGUGGCUGAGGAGCAGCUUCACGGUUCCAAAGACACCUUGACCUUGAAGGGCGAAAAGGCUUUGCUUGAGUUGCUGCUAGGCAUGGCUCUGGACCAGCACGUCGACGGCGGCAAGCUCACGGCUGAGGAUACUGAUUUCGAGACCUAUUUAAAAGAAGCAACAAGCCGAGUGCUUUACCAGCCAGUAUUCACUGAGGAUGAUUCCACUUCGGAGAACUCUUCAGCAUCAACAGCUAAAACACCUGGGAGUUUGGAUCUUGGCAAGCCGACGAAGGAGGUGGAAUUGCCAGCACAAGAAUCAGGCACUUCAGACACCCAGUUGGAUGUACCACUGCCUCACCGCGUGGACCCAAACCAUUCGUACGAGGGACUGCUGAGCAAUGAUCAAGUGUUUAUUAGAUCCACCCGGUUACUUGAGAGAAGAUCCAAGAAACGCAACGCCAACAGGGCUUUGAGUAAUGACGUUCCGUGCAGUGGUGUGAAUGUGAAUUCAAAGAGAAAAGAGAAGUCAAAGAAGUUUGGCAGAGUUCUUGAUCCAGAUGAGCCUUUUAGGUUGUUUCUACGGGAUCGAGAGACAACAGAGUUCUUGACAGCAAAAGAGGAGAAACAGAUGUUCAGUCAAAUACAGAAUCUUAUGAAGCUAGAGGAGGCUCAGCGUAAACUGCAAGCUCAAUGUGGUCGUGAGCCAACAGUUGCAGAGUGGGCUCAAGCCGUAGGAAUGAGCUGCAGGGAGUUGCAAUCCUGUGUGCGCACCGGAAGACGGUGCCGAGAGAAGAUGGCCCGCUCCAACUUUCGCCUUGUGAUACAUGUUGCUAGGAAAUAUGAAGGACAUGGUCUUGACAUUCAGGACUUGGUGCAGGAUGGAUGCUGUGGGUUGAUGAAAACCUUUGAGAAGUUCAACCCGAGCAAGGGAUGCAGAUUCCCGACCUAUGCGUACUGGUGGAUCCGUCAAUCGAUCAAAAAGUCCAUCUUCAAGAAUUCAAGACUAAUCCGAUUGCCGGAGAGUGUGUUUGCACUCCUGAGGAAGGUGGGCAAAGCAAGGAUGGAAUGCAUAAUGGAUGGGGAGCAGCCGACGAAUGAGAACGUCGCAAGGCGCGCCGGCAUCACAAUUGAGAAGCUUGCGAAACUGAGAGCUAAAACCAGGAAACCACGGUCCAUGCAGGAUCGGGUUUGGUCAGACGACGGUGUCACGUACCAGGAGGUCACCGAGGACCCCAACAUUGAGCCCCCUGAGGUGAGCGUGGACAGGCUGAUGAUGCGGCAGCAGGUGCGCAGCUUCCUGGCGGGGAUGCUGAGCCCCCGGGAGAAGGAGAUCAUCGAGCACCGCUUCGGCAUCCACGACGGGCAGCCCAAGACCCUUCAUGUCAUCGGCGACAUGUACGGGCUGUCCAAGGAGAGGAUCCGUCAGGUGCAGAACAAGGCCCUGGACAAGCUGAAAAACACCAUCUCGGCACAGGGCUUCCACGUCUACUUUGAUUUGCUAACUUGAGCAGAGCACACAAUUAAGCUGAUGCUGAGUCUCUUCAGCAGAUGCAUUGUCUUGUCCAUAUAUAUAUGUACAAAUUGAUUGAAAACUGAACAAAACCAGCUCUUAGCAUCUAGAUUUGUAUACAUCACACAUUCCCUUCCCAAAUCCCAAAGGGCAGAAGCAGCUAAUGGAAUUGCCGUGUAUAUCAUAUAUAGAUAGAGGACAAAUGCAAGCAGUAUACACUUCACAAAGGCAGAUCCAUUGCCGCCUGUUCUUCAUGUAAUAAGUAUAUUUUCCUAGGCAAAAUCAACAGCAAAAAAACUGUUGCUACAUACUGAUACUGAACUUCCUUUGGGCUAGAGUACCAAGGUACACUUACUGAA